CACCUGGUGCCUCUAGCCCCACCUGAGGGCUCUGGUUCUCCUUCGCCUCCAUCCCUCCCCACUGUUUUCUUCCUGGGGGCCUCUUUCCUGCUUUUCUACCAUAGUCCUCUCCUUUUCGCCCCUCAGGGAGUCGGGCUUGGCCUGUAAGGGGUGAGAAGGGCGUGUCUAGUCUACCGGGCAUGGUUAGGACGGUUGUUUGGAACAGGGUUUGAGAUUUUUCAAGGGAAUUGUGCGCACGUGGGAUGAAGAGCUGGGGUAACUGCUUGCUGUUUAUACAUGCAAUACGGUGUAUGUGAAGAUAUGGAGACUUCAUUGAUAACCUGAGACUCUUCACCAGGGGAGGAAGUGGUGGAAUGGGCUACCCUCGCUUAGGUGGCGAAGGUGGAAAAGGUGGUGACGUCUGGGUUGUAGCCCAUAACAAAAUGACUUUAAAACAACUUAAAGAUAAAUAUCCUCAGAAACGGUUUGUGGCUGGAGAAGGAGCAAACAGUCGAGUUAGUGCACUGAAAGGCUCCAAAGGAAAAGACUGUGAAAUUCCUGUACCUUUGGGUAUUUCAAUAACUGAUGAAAAUGGUAAAAUUAUAGGAGAACUCAAUAAAGAGAAAGACAGAAUUUUGGUAGCUGAAGGAGGUCUUGGUGGUAAAUUACUUACAAAUUUCUUACCAUUGAAAGGCCAGAAACGAGUAAUUCACCUUGAUCUAAAACUUAUAGCUGAUAUAGGCUUGGUAGGAUUCCCAAAUGCUGGAAAAUCCUCUUUGCUAAGUAAGAUUUCUCAUGCAAAACCUGCAAUUGCAGAUUAUGCAUUUACAACAUUAAAGCCUGAACUCGGAAAAAUUAUGUAUAAUGAUUUCAAACAGAUAUCAGUAGCUGAUCUUCCUGGUUUAAUAGAAGGAGCACACAUGAACAAAGGAAUGGGCCACAAAUUCCUCAAGCAUAUAGAAAGAACUAAACAACUACUUUUUGUUGUUGAUGUUUCUGGAUUUCAGCUUUCUUCCCAAACUCAGUACAGAACUGCCUUUGAAACCAUACUACUGCUUUCAAAAGAGUUGGAGUUGUACAGAGAGGAACUUCAGACAAAACCUGCGCUCCUGGCAGUUAAUAAAAUGGACUUGCCAGAUGCCCAAGAUAAAUUCCAUGUACUGAUGAACCAACUCCAGAAUCCUAAAGAUUUUUUGCAUUUAUUUGAAAAAAACAUGAUUCCAGAGAGGACCGUGGAGUUCCAACACAUCAUCCCCAUCUCUGCAGUUACUGGAGAAGGAAUUGGUGAACUAAAGAACUGUAUAAGGAAAUCUCUAGAUGAACACACCAACCAGGAAAAUGAUGCAUAUCAUAAGAAGCAGUUGCUUAAUUUACGUAUUUCCAAUACAAUAUCUUAUAGUGAGCUACCAUCAAAGAAUGCUGUUACUAGUGCCAGAAUAGAUAUAACUUGAAUCUGUUAAAAGUGAUAUUGAAAUUGCAUUCAUUUGGAAGCUUUUCCACAGACAUACUUUUUAGAAGGUUAGUUGUUACUAACCUGGUGUAUAUGCCAUCAUUCAAAAACCAUACUUUUUAAAGAUGUUUUGUACUUAAGUCUAUCAACAGUAAAAAAAAAAGUAACUGAGGGUUAAAAAUGACAGUUUAUAAUUUUAUGGCCAAUUCACCUGUAAUAAAAUCCUAUAAUACUCCUGUACGUAUGUCUCUAGUGAGAUCAUUUUUUUAAUUAUAUAAAGGAUUCCUUAUGAGCAACUAGGUUUUGUUUGUUUGUCUUUAAGUCUGUCAUGUACCUGGUUCUACUAAAUAUAUAAUAGUUCUCUUUUUUGGAAAACCUCAAACCCUAAAUUUGAACAUAUUCAGUGAUAAUAAAGACCAUUGAUAAUCAGUAGAUAGAUCUUUGCGAUUUCAGCUUUUGGAAAUUUUUCUUUCUUAAGUAUAAGAGUAUUUUUUUUUUUUUUUUUUGUGGUAUGCGGGCCUCUCACUGUUGUGGCCUCUCCCGUUGCGGAGCACAGGCUCCAGAUGCGCAGGCUCAGCGGCCAUGGCUCACGGGCCCAGCUGCUCCGCGGCAUGUGGGAUCUUCCCAGACCUGGGCACGAACCCAUGUCCCCUGCAUCAGCGGGCAGACUUUCAACCACUGCGCCACCAGGGAAGCCCCAAGUAUAAGAGUGUUUUUUUCUUGCUUUGGACACACUGAUGUAUGUCUCAUUUUAUUGUGUCCUAGUCGUUUCACUGUCUACGUUCAUAUUUUAGUAAGGAGAAUAAAUAGGAAGUACAAUAUUAAACAGUAUUAUCCAUCAUCAGUAUAUUCUCAGGAGAUUAUAAUUUCUAAAUUUCUGCCUGACUUUCAAAAAUACUUACAUAUUAUACAUUUUCUCUUAAUGCAUUUUAUUAUAAAAUAUACAUGUUAAUUGUAAAAUAAAAUAAAAUUUAAACAGUGCAAAAGCAUAUAAAGUAAAAAAGAAAAGUUCCCAUCUUUCUGCAUCAGGCUCUCCAGUUCUCAGAGAAAACCACAUGUUCUUGCAGAAUUUUUUAAUGCAUAUAUCUUUUUGCCUAAAUGAGUUCAUUAUAUAAGACUUUCCAAGGUUUUUUGGUUUUUACAAAAUAGUAGCAAGUUAAUGAGCUUCUAAAAAUUACUCUUCAGUGCUACUUUUAAACUAUUAGGAAUUGUCUUGGAAUUUAAGGCUAGGUGAAGCCUUAACAUGUGGCUGUAAGUAUUAAAUAAAAAUGGCACUAUCAUUCUACUUAAAUUUCUUCUGAUAUGACAAUGUGAGUGACUUCUUACAAUUGUUAUUUCACUUUUAUUUGUUCUGUUUUCUAUUCCCCACUCCCACCUCCCAUCCCAGUCCCCAGAUCACUGGCUUUUCUUGUGUUUCUUUUCAUUGCACGGCUAUUUAUUGAGUGUCUCCCCUGUGCCAGGCACUGUGCGGGGCGCUGCAGGUACAGUGUUAAGGAGAAUAGACAGGACCUGCUGCCCUCAUGGAUCUCACGUUCAACAUCAGAAGAUGCAGGGGAUUAGAGCACUUUACAGCAAAGGAGUAAGAGUGAGGAAAGCAUUUGGAAUUUGAACAUCUUUACUGAUCAUAGUGACCAUGUUUCAUAUUGGGUAUGUUUUACAUUUAUAACUUGAGUGUCAUUUUUCUCUUUUUCACUUCUAUUAUUUCCUAAGUAUGAACAAGUAGCAGUGUGAUGACAGUUUGAUCAGGUGAAUUUCUGAAGUUCUGACAUGAUAAUCUUAUUUUUUGCUGUGGCAAAGGAUAGUAGAUGUGUGUUGAGGACUAAGAGGAAUUGUAGCUUAUUUGUUGUGUCUGUAUUGCCCAGGUUACUACUCCACAACUAACUGAAACAUUUUAUGUAACUCACUAAAAUGUUCCAUUAUUUGUAUUUUCUUCUUACCAAAAGUGUACUCUAUGUACCUUUUUCUGAUAGUUGAUUUUUAUUCUAAAUGAAAGAAGAAAAUCUGAAUUCCUUUUUUAUUUUAUAAAAAAUAAAUUUUAAACACUUAAAGAUUUAUUUUGAAAUAAAUAUUUUAACUGCCAUUUAUUUUGUCCUUAAUACUUUUUUGUUAAAAAGUAUUGUUGUAGUACUGAAUCCUUAAUUGUAUCCUUAAUUGUUAUAGUACUGAAUGGCCAGGGUAUCAAUACACUGUGUUUAACAAAUUUUUACCAAGUCCCAGUCAUUCUUGCAGAGCUUGCUAUUUCAGAGUCAUUUACCAUCAUAAAUUACAAAUUUAUGCUACCAGACACUGUCAAGUAUCCAACUGUGAGGUUGGAUCUGUGCUCUGAAGAUUUCACCUAUGAAAAAAAAAAUUUCAGAAACCUAUUGUUCUUUUUGUAAUAUAUAUCCAUAUUAUUUAUCACAGCGAAAUGACCUUUUUGUAAAAUAAAUGUUUUCUUUUAAGUGG